UGCUUAAAUUUAAUCAACCCCACUGGAAUGAUAUUGCAAUAAGAGUUCCAAUUCUUGAUUAACUGAAACCAUGAUUCCCCUAUUAGCUAUGUGCUUGUCCCUUUUUGUGUUGGUAAUUCCUUCAAUAAUCCUUUACAAAUUGUGCUGGAUUCCUCUUCAUCUCCAACGUUCGAUGGAGAUUCAAGGAAUCAGAGGCCCUCCUUACAGAUUCUUCCAUGGCACCACCAAGGAGAUAAUAAAGAUGAAGCAGCAAACAAAUGAUGCUGUUGACAUGUCCUUACUAGAUCAUGAUAUUUUUCCAAUAAUCCAGCCUUAUUUCUACUCUUGGAUUAAAGUUUAUGGAAACAAUUUCCUUCAUUGGAUUGGCACUGAGCCUGAACUUGUUGUUUCUGAGCCUGAACUGAUCAAGGAAAUCCUCAGCAACAAGGAUGGUACAUUUCAAAAAAUUAAGGGCAGAGGUUACUUCAAGAAAUUGUUUGGAAGUUGGCUUGUUGUGGCAGAAGGUGAAAAAUGGUCUAAGCUUAGGAAAUUGUCUAAUCAUGCUUUCCAUGGUGACUGUCUCAAGGACAUGCUGCCAGGAAUGACUGCUUGCGUCGAGAGCAUGCUUGAGAAAUGGAGGACUCAACAUGGCCGUGAAAUCGAGGUCUGCAGCGAAUUCAAGCAGCUUAGCUCUGAUGUAAUUUCGAGGACGGCCUUUGGAAGUAGCUAUUUGGAAGGGAGACAAAUAUUUGAUAUGCUGUCAAAGCUUGGUUUAUUGAUUUUCAGAAACAGGCUUAAGAUCACAUUUUUCAGGAAAUUUAUAAAAACAAAGGAUGACAUGGAAGCAGAGAAAACCGAGCAGUUGCUUCACGAUUCUAUCAUGGAAAUAGUAAAGAAGAGACAGUUGGAAGUUGACAGUGGCAAAGCAGACAGUUUCGGUAGUGAUUUUCUAGGAUCACUCCUAAAAUGUCACCACGACACUGAUCCGAAGAGCCAAAUAUCAGCAGCUGAAAUCAUUGAUGAAUGUAAAACAUUCUAUUUUGCUGGACAAGAAACAACUUUCAGCUUACUGACAUGGACCACAUUUCUCCUUGCAAUCCACACAGAAUGGCAAGAGAGAGCCAGAGAAGAAGUGUUGCAGCUUUUCGAUCAACGAAACCCAAACUCAGAUGGGAUUGCCAGAUUAAAGACUGUUAACAUGAUAUUAUAUGAAACACUGAGGCUAUACAGCCCUGUCACUAGUAUUCUAAGGAGAAUAGACAGCAAAGUGAAGUUGGGAAAAUACGAGAUUCCUGCAGAUGUGAAGGUGGCAAUCCCGCCUCUAGCCAUCCACCGGAAUCCUGACAUAUGGGGUAGAGACGCUAACCUUUUCAAACCGGAGAAAUUUUCUCAAGGGGUGGCUAAGGCGACCAAUGGCAACCCCACGGCCUUCCUGGGAUUCGGGUAUGGACCACGGACAUGUGUUGGCCUCAACUUCGCGAUGACAGAGGCAAAGAUAGCACUCUCAAUGAUCCUUCAACGCUACAAGUUCACACUUUCGCCCGACUAUGUUCACUCGCCUAGCAUAUACAUUAGUGUUAAGCCUCAGCACGGAGUUGGGAUCUUGCUUCACCCGCUUGCUUGAAAAUGUGUAACAGACUUGUUUAGUCCAAGUUGAUAUAUUUGCAUAAAUAGUGGAGUAUCUUUAUGUUUGUCUAAA